UAGUACAUUGCCUUGUAGUACUUUUCUGCGUCGCGUACCACAUGGGCGUUCUGCUCAGCACUGUGGAAUGCUUCACCAUCAUGUUCAGAUGCGCUAUAUUCUAACCGAUUUUUAAGGAGAUCCUUCAACAUAUGGACAACUUUGCUCUCACAGUUCUCCAUUCCUUGCAAUGCCGCGAGUCCAUAAGAAGCCGGAUCGUCAACCCAAGGUUGUAGACAACCAUAUCGUUUACGGGCGUUCUUGCCGAGCUCCGGAUCAACAAGGUCGAGAUAUUGAAUAACGGACUUGAUAGAUUCCCCCAUACUGUACAGAUCCAGUCCAUAGAACCCGGCUCUUUCUUCUGGACGAACCUUGGCAUUUCUAUCGCGCAUCCAUUCGACGAGAUCUUGCAUCUCGCGAUUUCUCCACAUCCAUGUCGGAAAUCGCUUGAAAGGCUCGAUCUUGCUCUUACCACCUAUACGCCCUUUAGGUCCAGGACGAAGACGUACAUAGCGAUCGAUGGCCUCCGCGUCGGGCCAAUCGGCCUCGAGCGCGAUCAUAUUGAAGCCAUGAAAGUCGACGAGAUGUUUUGUGAUUUCUGCUCGAGCACUGUAGAACUCGGAUGUGCCGUGACUACCAUCGCCUAAAAGAACGACUUUAUAGUUGCGGAAUGUGUCGAACAUCUGUCCGAACAACGGAUCUUUGAUUUCCGGCAACGGCUUGGCUGCGGCCUGCACUAAUUGAGUCAGUUGUCCCGGCAUUUUCGCGAUAAAGAAUAUUAGUUGAAUCUGCAGAUUGAGAAGAUACAACAGUUUUAGAAAUGACAAAACAUGUUUCACGUUUUCUCGUUGUUAAGUUAAGCUUCUGGCUGGGAUUUCCGUUCGGUUUGCCUCUGUAUAACAAAUCCGACCAUUCAUGAUUGAGCAUGAGAUCAUCUAUCCGUCAACUGCCACAAAUGAAUACAUUAUUAUGACUUCAACUAAAGGAAUACAAUAUCCUGACUUCAUCUCCUUGGGUUGUAUGUUUUGAUGCAAUUCACGAGUCUGAGUUGAGUAUGAAUGUGCGACGACCGGAUCUUGAGGCGCGUGAUACUCCCGGCCGCGAAGAGAACAACAUUUCGUCUACCAAAUGAUUUGAAGUGCAUGAGAAAAGCCUUGAUUUCAAGACGCAUUAUUAAAUCAUACACCAUGGAAACAUUAGCAACCACACGACUCCACCGAUUCGAGAGAUCGAUGGAAUCACUAUAUGGCAACUUCUCCAACAUCAAAAACCUGGAAAAUUGGACCCCGCCGCCUAAUUCUGGUGGUCAUCGAGGCAGAUAUCUCUGGACGGAUGCUUUCGGCGUUGUCAAUUUCUUGACGCUAUAUCAAGAAUACUCCAAAAUAGCUGCAGCUGCAGGUUCGGCGGCAGCUUCGGGAUCAAGUCCCGGGUCCAGAUGGACAGGUGUUGUCAACACUACAGAUAAAUACUUGAUUCUUGCUCGUCGUCUCGUUGAGACUGUGCAUGAUAUACUCGGUCGCACUAGGGAUGGCAAGUCACGACUGCCCGGCGCCACAGACGAAAACCCCUUAGGAGGAGGUUUGCGUAUUGGCAAAUUGGACGAAACCGGAGUUGACGGGGACGGCCAAUAUCAUCAUUAUCUGACUAUUUGGAUGUUUGCGCUCAAUCGUCUGUCACUAGCCACUGGAGAUCCAACUUAUAAUAGACAAGCCAUCUCAUUGGCGCAAGCAAUUCACCCCCGAUUUUUCGUCAAUAGAACCUCUACUCGGCCACGCAUGGUGUGGAAAAUGAGUAUGGACCUGACAACGGCACUCGUCCCCUCGGAGGGUAAUUUGGAUCCUAUUGAUGGCUACGUUGUAUAUCGAUUACUGCAGGCAUCAGCCCUAGCAAUGAAUCCUACUGAAGGUGGUAGUGCUAAUCAUAGCAAGGGUCGCAUCCUAGACGAAGAGAUUGCGGAUUAUAAGCGUGUCAUGGAGCGUAAAGGCGAGCAUUUCGUAUCUGCCGAUACGUUGGAUCUGGGCAUGACUUUGUGGACAUGUCAUUGGUUUUCUGAUAAGGAGAAAUGGGCUGCAAAGUUGGCUGAAAGAUGUUUUCAACAAAUCUACGAACUCUUCGAAAUAGACCGCUACCUAGCCCGCAACAUCAAAUACCGUCUCGCCUUCCGCGAAUUUGGCACCAGCCUCGGUAUCGGCUGCCACUAUGCGAAGUCAGCGAAUCCAGAACGAUCCGUCGAUUUAAGGACAUAUUCAGAAUCUAUCAUUGACUCGUGGGAACCGUACAUGGCACUAUCGCUGCGGGCGGAUGGUGAUUUAUUGGCGGAUGAUUUGCGGCCUAUCACCAGGGUUAUGUAUUCUUCGGCUCUAAUUCCUGGAGCAUUCCGCUCUGGCUAUCUUGGGCCGGAGCCCGAAACCAUUCCCUGAGAUGGGCUUGAUGCUGAAAAGAUGAUUUCAUUUCUUGUACCUUAUUUACAAUUGAUAAACUG